AUGACACUGACCGGAGUUUCUGCCGCCGUUGGCCGUGUUCUCAGUCGCGACAAAACCAGCAAGCGUGUCCUCGACAAAUCCUCGACCCGACCCGAAAAAAACUCAGCGACCCACCAAAUCCUCGAGCAACUAGAACACGGUAACAUCUCCAAAGCCGUCUCUCUCCUCUUCCCUUCUCUAGAGCCAGUCUCAUACUGGCUAUACGAGCGUCUUCUCCGCUCAUGCUCCUCGAAAUCACUCGUCGUGCAAGCCCGCAAAGUCGUCUCCCACCUGGUGACGUUCUCUCCCCUCCCCCCGAUCUUCCUACUCAACAGAGCCAUCGAAGCUUACGGGAGAAUCGGGUGUGCGAACGAUGCGCGCGAGCUGUUCGAGCAAAUGCCUGAACGAGACGGCGGGUCUUGGAACGCGCUCAUCACUGCUUGCGCUAAGAACGAACUCCACGACGAGGCGUUUCGUACGUUUGUUAGGAUGAGUAGAGACGGAAUACGAGCGACGGAGACGUCUUUCUCCGGUGUGUUGAAGUCGUGCGGCUUCGUCUUGGACUUGAGGUUGUUGAUGCAGCUUCAUUGUUCUGUGGUGAAGCAUGGAUACUCAGGGAAUGUGGAUUUGGAGACUUCGAUUGUUGAUGUUUACGGUAAGUGUGGGGCUAUGAGCGAUGCGAGGAGAGUGUUUGAUGAGAUUGAAAGCCCUAGUGAUGUUUCUUGGAACGUGGUUGUGAGGAGGUAUCUUGAGAUGGGGUUGAACGAUGAGGCGGUGGUGAUGUUCUUCAAGAUGCUAGAUGUUUGA